UCUGGAGAAACACUGUCCAGAAGAUGUUUCUCUACAUUCUUCGUCACAGUCUGGGUAUUCGAGGCUCUGAAUGGUUCAAGGUCAUGGCAGUUUACAGGGUGGCUUAUGUGAUUGGGGGCCACAACCGCUUCCAUCUUAGAAGUAGAUCUGCUGAUGGAGUGGGGGAAAGGGUUAAUCUGUCUUUUCAAGCUCUUUACAAGAACACGCCCCUCUGCGGCACGCGCAAUAUCUCCUCCCGGCCGCACGAUGGCGCUAAUUCCGCUGGGAAGAAGGGGACGCUCAGGCUCUUGGGGACCCUGAGCGCGGCGGCAACUUUCCGAGCUGCCGCGGCUCUGCCAUCUGUCACCCUGGCCCUUCUCUGCUUGGACGGUGUCUUCCUCUCCUCGGCCGAAAAUGACUUUGUCCACCGGGUCCAAGAGGAGCUCGAUCGUUUCCUGCUGCAGAAGCAGCUAUCCAAGGUCCUACUUUUUCCCCCAGUCUCCAGCCGCUUGCGGUACCUGAUCCAUAGAACAGCGGAGAAUUUUGAUCUUUUGAGCAGCUUCUCUGUUGGGGAGGGCUGGAAAAGGAGGACAGUCAUCUGUCACCUAGACAUCAGAGUACCCAGUUCAGAUGGCCCCUCUGGUCCCUGCCGCCCUCCUGCCUCCCAUCCCAGCAAGUACCGUGGUCCUCGGUAUACCUCACAUCAGGGAGCAGCUGCUGGUCCCCGAGGUGCUCCAGCUGGACGCUGGCAUCGUGGACGGAAGCCGGAUCAGCCUCUGUAUGUGCCCCGGGUGCUACGCAGGCAAGGUGGACCGGUGGCACCCUCCAUCCCAGGCAUCAAGGGAGAGGACCCAGCUGGUGGAGUGUCAGAAGAAGAGCCUAGAGAGGCUGGUGCUGGAGACGCUGAGGCUGAUCAGGGAAUUGCCAUGUUGGUGACUCAAGAACUCCUGAAGAGCCCCGACCCAGGCCAUGCAAAUGAGCCACAGAUGGGGUUGGGUGACACGGAGCCCUCUGAGAAUCCUGAAAAGGAACAAGGGGCUGAGACAGCCGUGCAGCAGGGGUCCAGCGCACAACUGGCCGUGGAGGAGGAAAAUAGGAGUCAUGGGAUGCGGAGCCUGGUGGACCAAGAGGAGGAGAAGAUAGAGGGAGAGGAGGAAGAGAAGGUGGACGAGAAGGACGAGGACACAGGCAAGCAGAAAGAGAGGGUCGAUGAGGAGGAAGAGAAGACUGACGCGCAGAAUGGGAAGGUGGAUGCGGAGGGAGAGAGGAUGGAUGAAGGUGAAGACAAGGUGGAUGGGGAGGAAGAGGACGAGGAUGAUGCCGAUGCUGACCACGACGAUUUCAGUGAGCUGCUGCAGGAGAUCACAGCCAACCUGACCGAAAAGGAGAUUAAAAUAGAGAAGAUCCACCUGGACACAUCCGCCUUCACAGAAGAGCUGCCCGGGGAGAGGGACUUGACCCACCUGGUGGAGAUCUAUGACUUUAAGCCAACACUCAAGACCGAGGACCUGCUGGCCACUUUCUCUGAGUUCCAAGAGAAGGGAUUCAGAAUCCAGUGGGUGGAUGACACUCAUGCUAUCGGCAUCUUUCCCUGCCCUGCCUCAGCACUCGAGGCAUUGGCCAAGGAUUUCUCCGUGCUCAAGAUCCGCCCGCUCACACAGGGGACCAAGCAGUCCAAGCUGAAAGCCUUGCAGAGGCCAAAGUUCCUGCGACUAUCGAAGGAGAGGCCGCAGACAGAUUCGGCAGUGGCCCGCAGGCUGGUGGCCCGGGCCUUGGGACUCCAACACAACAGAAAGAAAGAGCUGCCUACUCCCCCAAGUCUUCUGCCAUCUUGAGGCCCCGGGCCCAGCUCUCCGAAUUAGACUGGGGCCCAGUACCACACGCCUUUACAGAUACCAGGACAGCCCCUUUGAUCUCUCUGGAGCUGCUAUGGGGCACAGCAGGCUUUAGUUGGUCUGCUCUUAGAAAUUGAGAAGAAAUAAACAUUUAAAGUUGGUGUA